AUGGGUUGUACUCGAUUGGCAAGUUCUUGCGACGAACCAUACCGUCUCCCUGGAACCAUUCACGGCGGAAUUGCUUGGCAGCUCCGUCUGGAGUGCGUCGCAGGAAACAGCCAAAAGAACGGCUUCCUUUGGGUCGAGAACUCCACAUGGUGGAUCAACUCCGAGUCUCUUCAUGUUGGUCGUCUUGAUUCCAUAUCCGAUGCGGCGAGCAGACGAGUUGAUCACCUUGAUGUGGUAGGUGUGCUUGUCAUCAUACGGAGCGUUGAAGACGAUUUUGGCGUUUGGUUGGGUCUGGAUGUCUCCUGGUGGGACGGAUUGAGCCAUGGCAAACUUGUUGAAGGAGUUGAAAACUCAGUGGAGUUUAUGGCGAUUCCACCGGCUAUUUAUGCAUUCUCUUAUCAGCACCCUAGAUCUUUGCUCCAGAUUUCAUAA